UUGAGCCUAAUACAAAAAUACUAUUCAGUAUUCUAGAGGUAAUGAUACUCUCAAAAGAGAGUUCGAAUGUAUACGAAGUGUUUGUGGCCUGUUGUUCUGAGAUAGCUUCUAACAGUCCUGAUGUCAACAAGCAGAUGCGGCUUGCCCUCAUUCUUCAUAUGUCUAUGAAACAACGCUUAAAAAAUGUGUUCCUGAUUUUGACGGACGUAUUGUUGUGGAGAGGAAUAUAUCAUUUGCAAAGUUUUUGCCCGUUAUUGUGUGAAUCUCUUAACAUGUUUUAUCCUGGUCAGUGUGCUGGUUACCGAAGUUGCUCAAUGCAAUCAGGCUUAUUAUGGACGCAAUUGUUAUAGGCAACAAGCCUACGCCAAAGCUACAGUUCGAGCUUUUGGUCUUGCUUGUAAUACUGGCACACUUCGGAGUUGUGGCAUAGAAGUACUUGAUCGUUCCAAUUACCAAAAUGCCGAAAGUGGUCUCCCGUUCUAUUGUGGUGACAGAUUCCCGUGAUCAGGAAGAGGUGGUGGAGAAGCCGCUUAAUGUUUUCUAUUGUCACUGCGGGGCAAUCGCAUUGAUUCUUGAUUGCGCGCUGGAAAAACUUCCUCUACGGCCUCGAGACGGAGCGCGAAUCAUUGAUGCCUCGAAACACGCACACAAGCUUAACUGUGUUCCCGAUGAAACAGUGUACCUUAAGUGGGCCGAAGGAAUCGAGGUUCAGUUCCGUCGGCGAUGUGCGAAGUGUUCGCUGCCACUUCUGUAUUCACACAAGGGUUCUUCGAACGUAUUUAUAUUCAAGGGUGUUCUGACUCGAACGGCAAAUGCGGUAGCAGCUGUCUCAGCAACAACAGUGGCAUCAAAUCAAGCGGCGUUAGGCGCGAAAGAAGAAAACGAAGGCGCUGAGGAUAAGGUACUCGUGACAAAGCAUACGAAACACAUGGGAAAGUUUAGUUCGGUCACUGUUUCAACGAUCGAAGACGAAGAAGAUGAAAUCGAAGAGCGCGAGGUGGCUGAUUCAUAUGCUUCCAAUGCGCGUAUUAUCGAGAAGCAAUUGCAACGUAAAGCUGUGCCUGGACUGGCAGCGAAAAGGAAAGGCGAGGAAGACAACUUCUCGGAGACUGUUGAGAAAAAGAAGCCACGAGGAACGUUACUUAAUCUUUGAAUUAAAACAUGAACUGUUUUGAAUGUCGGAUAUGGCAGCUCGACUGAAAAUAUCAUCAAUUCCAUAUAUUCUGCAUAUAUACCUGUAAAUAAAAAUGUGUUAUUGAGUGUGUCUUGUGACCCUCUGGUCGUUGCGUGUUAGUUAGAGCUAGUUUAGUCGUCAAAAGAAACAAAAAUUGAACAAGUAGCAGUUCAUGAGAUUUAUCUAACAAUAAGGAACGUUACCAUAUCGUUUCCCUACUGUUAAAUUUCAACUUAAGGUUGAUACAUCGUUAUCGCUAGAUGGCUAAUGCAGCCUUGCUUAUUUGAAAUUAAUAGUAAAACAAUUCCCCCAAAGUUAGAUGUUGUUCUUGAGGUAACGUACUUUGAGAACGCGUAAAGGUCUGAGUUUGAAAUUGGACGUUGGCCUUCCCCGCUUCGUGCUGCAAAAGGUCAGAGCAAAGCAAUAUAAACAUAGCUCCAAUUUGCUUGAUGAUAAAAUUGACCUGUGGGUUAAAUGCCUAUCUAGAUCUAGUCUGUGCCCGUAGCAACAUCCAGAGUAUUUUACUGUUGAUAGUAAAGAUAGUAAAUCGCUCGGCUCCUCUAGAUGAUAAAACGUAUGACGAAACAGCCUUACUAACAUGUCCAAAAUCUAAGGUGUUCAGAUACGCAGAUUAGCCGCUAUGAUGAAAUAAACAAAUAAGUGCUUCGAGUUUCGGUCCAGUACUAUCGCUAAGAACACUGGUGCUUCAAAUGAUUAAUGGUCCAUUCUAGCGCGACAGGAACCGUGCGCCUUGCCACGUCUUCAACCUAAACAUUUUUACAAAGAGUCCCAAAACCAUUACGCGGCAUUACAUGCUACGAACUGCAGCACCUGUGCCUUCCAGGCGGCGUCGACACUUUAAACAAGGGCAUAUCAAUGACCUAAUCAUACGUAUCAUACGUGUAUCACUGAUUUCCAAAAUGUAGUUUAAUAUCUUUAGGUAUAAAAUAAACUGCUAAACCAGUAAAUUUCCUUGACAAAGGUUGUUCGUCAUAAAGUGCUGUUGUUAAACAAAGCCGAGCUGCAAAUAAAAAGUGAAAUCGCUACAGCCGGUAAUAAAAAUGUUUUUCCUUAUUUGCUCAAUAGUAAAACACCUGCGAGAUCCCGUUUCUAUUAAUAAUAUCCUUAUAUUUUUG